AUGGCCGAUCCGCUUGACACGGGGGACCUUUUCCAGGAGCCCGAUGGGUUCUACGAGCCCGAGAAGGAACCCUCCUAUGCCGAGCACCGCAUGCUCUCGGGGCAGACGGUGCGCGUGCGUCUCGUCGGGAGCCAUCCUCUCUAUGGCAACCUCCUCUGGAACGCAGGCCGCACCAGCGCCCACUACAUCGAGCAGCACGCGGCGGCACUAACAGCCGGCAAAGAUGUGCUGGAGAUCGGCGCCGCAGCAGGCGUGCCCAGCAUCGUCAGUGCCGCGACAGGCGCCCGCACGACCAUCAUGACCGACUAUCCUGACCCCGACCUCGUCGAGAACAUGCGCCAGAACGCGCUGCUGGGCAAGCCGCUGAUCUCCGCGGGGUCGACCCUGCACGUCGACGGCUACAAGUGGGGGAACUCCAUCGAACCGCUGCUGGCGCUUGUGCCUCCGACGGCGGAGGGGUCUCGCGCGGAGGCUUUCGACGUCCUGAUUAUGGCGGAUGUGGUGUACAGCCAUCGCGAGCAUCCGAAUCUCAUCAAGACUAUGCAGAUGGCGCUGAAGCGGAAGGCGCAUGCUGUCGCGCUGGUUAUCUUCACGCCGUAUGAGCCGUGGCUGUUGCCGCGCACGGAGAUGUUCUUUCCGUUGGCGGAGAAGAGCGGGUUCGUGGUGACCAAGAUCUUUGAGAAGUUGAUGGAUGAUGUGUUGUUCUCGGAUGAUCCGGGGGAUGAGAAACUCCGGCGGACGGUGUUCGGAUACGAGAUCCGGUGGGCGGAGGAUCAGCUACAGUGA